AUGCCAAAGAAAGCUCCUUCGUUGAGGUCUUCUACUAGACCUAAACCUCAGCCUGCAUCAACACCAGCGCCGGCGCCGAAGAGACCGCCUCUUAGAACGCCGAGCGCGUCUUACUCCAGACCCCCGCCAAGUCAUCCGCCACCAACGAUAAAGAAUGAGGGACCGUUGAGACCUCCACCUGGAGUAGGCGCUGCGCAAAGAUCAAGAUCUUAUGAAGCUGAAAGUCGGCGACCGCGAUAUCCUCCUUCAUCAAGCCCGAGGCAAUCCUACUAUGAGCGACCGAGGCGUAGGGACUCAGGCUUCAGGUCUGUGUCGCCUCGAGCGAGACCACCUCCACCUGCGCCUGUACAACGAACGCUGAGACGGCGCAUGACGAGAGAUUCAGAUUUGAUGUCGGAAGAUGAGAGUAGGCCUACAUCUCGUCGUAGAUCCCCGACUCCAGAACGACGUCAAAAGUUACGGCCUUAUGGAACUGAAACACCACCGUUCCCACACUCUCCAAAGCCUGCGGUCGCACGUCCGCCAAUGAGGUCUUAUCCGACGGACAGCUCACGGCCUGAUCCAAGGAGACGUCCAUCUUAUGAGCCGCCACCUUCGCCAAGACGUCCGCCCGGGGCGGGGAAAAGGUCGCCCCCGUCAGCGUAUAGACCAGCACCUCAUUUAGCCGCGGACAUGCUGAGAGGCCGACCUCGAUCAAGAGGAGACUCGCCGCUUCGGUCUCAUGAAACGCAUGACUCGGCGACAGGCAGGAGACCCAGCUAUUCCAGCGCUGCAAACUCACAGCCUUCCUCUCGAAGACAUUCUGUCAAGUCUCCAGAGCAAAAGGAGGCCAAACCUGCCGAGAAACCCACGGAAAGUGAACCAAAGAAGAAGGGCUUUGACUUCAUGAAACAUUUCCCUCAAGCUGUCGCUGCCUACGCUGGUAUCGAAGCACUGGGUAAACACGCCGACACAGCCAAAGAAUGGACAGAUUGGUUCAUGAAGCUCCAGAAGACCCCCGAGGAGAUCCAUGAGCUCUCGGCAAAGGCGACAACAGCCAGGGACACCAUCACCCAGAUCCAGAAUACACUCGAGGCACGACCUGACAUUAUUGAGGGAGACGAUGCGAAGCCUAUGAGGAGGCAGAUUGAUGAAGCGAUCAGGAACGCGACAGCCGCACUGGACGAAAUGACUAAGCUUCUUCAAGAGAUUAGCAGUGAUGGGCUUGAGGGGACGAUGUUUGGUGGCCUUGAGGAGUUUUAUAACUCUUACAAGUAUAAGGAUGAGUGGGAGGAGAAGAUCAAACUGGCUGACGGCGAGCUGGAGAAGCAAUUGGCGGCUCUCAGCAAGUUGAUGGUCAACAUUUAUUCGCGCGCUCUGAUGAAACCUGCUCCUCCCGGCCUUAACAGUCCAGUACCACCGCCGGCUCCAGGGCAGUCUUCAGAUUCUCCCGAUGCACGACGGUCAAGUACAGCACAGCCUAGUUCAAAGUCAAGGGCAGGCUCAAUUGACUUGGACCCUCCUCCCGUGGGUCGAUAUCGGAAGUCAGUUGAUGAGGAUGCUGUGAGGUCCGCGCCCUCUGAUGUGUCAACUGAGCCCAAGGUUGAGACUGCGAAGGUCGCGGCGCCGGAGGACAAGCCAAUGCAAUCUGAGAAUGAUACCCUUGAACCUGAGGCUCAGGAGAAUACCUACGGAGCUCCUCCUGAGUCUCCCAAGGGUGUGAAGCUCAAGGUUGACGAUGACCUGACCGAUCUCCCAACACCAUCACCCAAGGCCGAACCUGCACAGCCAGUAGAGGUGUCAAAAGUGCCAGAGGUGCCAUUGAAGAAAGAAGAGCCCACAGGCAUCAAACCCGCGCAACCAACACCAGUGGAAGCUAAGCCCCCAAAGCCACGAGCGCCCAUAGAAGACCCUGAAGAGAUCCUCCUCGACGCAGCAUGGAACGGCGACAUCCAAGCCUGCAACUCCGCCCUCCGCCACGCCUCCCCCUCAACUCGCGACCAAAACGGCUUCACCCCGCUCCAUCUCGCCGCAGAACGCGACCACCUCGCCAUAGCAAUGCUCCUCCUCGACUCCUCCGCGAACCCCAACGCACGCGCCAACGGGGGCCGCACACCCCUCCACCUCGCAGCGCGGUACGCAUCAGCCGCACUCGUAGAACUACUAGUUGACGACGCUCACGCUGACCCUAACGCUCGUACGACGGAUGGGCGCACGCCGUUGCACUAUGCUGCUAGUGUUGCGGAGGAUGGGGAUGAUGAGAAGAGGGAGGUUGUCAGGGUGUUGAGGGAUUGGAAGGCGGAUCCGACGAUGAAGGAUAAUAAGGGGAGGACGGCGAGGGAUGUGGCGCAGAGGAGGGAUUUCUGGGAUGUUUCGGCGACGUUGAGGAGGGCGGAGAAGAGGUGGGAGGAGGAGCAUCAUCAGAAUUGGUUUCAGAGGCAUGGGCUCAAGCGAUGA